UGUAAACAGAGUAGGUGAUUUCCAUAGAAAGAAAGCAGGAAGUUUUUCAUAAAGCACCAAAGUCUGUCCCGCUCUCUUGCUGGGUUUGAGCUUUAGUUCAGCGAUUGAAACGGCCUGAAAUGGCUUUUAAUGACUGACAGGGACCUGCACUGACACAAUUCUUUCUUCACAAUGAUUCUCCUGCGACUAGUUUCGGUGUUAAUUUGUGUGUCGCUGUCGUCCGCGGUGAGCGUUUUAUCAGCGCCUCUCAACUGCUCUCAACAGGGCUUGAGUUGUAAAGUCACCAUAACCAACUGUUUGGACAGGUCCUGGCUGAAUGUGAAUGAAUACACUCCCAGCAGUCCCGAGGGGCUGCACGCGUCUGUGCACACUAGGGAAGUCGAGACAGGUGUCUUGCAGCCGGUCCUGCUCGCUCGCUGGAAGAUAAGGGAUGAAGGCAGUACAAGUUACGUGAAAGCCACCGAGCUCCAUGUUCUGGUAGUGUCCACCAACCAGAACCUGUGUGUCCGAUAUUCUUUUGCAGAGAAACUGGCCAUGAGAAGUCCAUCAGGGGAGAAGUGGUCGUUCUCAGCUGACAUGCUGGUGUUGGAGCCGGGUCAGACGUACCGGGUCUCUGUCUUCAACAUCCCCAAACCAGAGCUGGGCCACACCAGUUAUGACGUCAGCACUGAUGUCAUCGUUCCCAGUUGUCAAGAUCCCAAAAUGCAGAGGACCCAUUAUUGCAUAGCGAGAGGCAGUCAGUGGCAGCCCUCCAUCAGCCUGGCUCAGAUCACUGCAGCCAAUAACAGACCUGAGCUGGCCGUCAGCUUCACUCCUGACCCACUGUGUGACCAGUACUUGGUCAUUGUUCGCUGCGCCAAUGUAGACCACCAUGUAGACCGGGCACACACGGCUAAUCAGACCACUCUGAAUGUAACAUUCAGCCUGGAUAAAUGGCCCAGAUCUUGCUGUCAGUUUGACGCAGAGAUCAAACCUCUUUUCCCACAGUGUGGCCAGGACUGCACCCGUCGAAGGAAAACACUGAAUAUUUGUCGUGUGAAUCCAACAGAUGCCCCCGAUGUCCCUGUGUACACAUUUUUCAUCCUGGGAGUGGUGUUCAUGUGUGUUGUGAUGGCAGUUAUUAUGUACGUUCUCUGCCGGAAGCCAGGAAAGCCUGAUGUUACUGCAUCGCCUGUGGGCGGUGUGACAGCGUGUCAGCAGCAGCUUAAACAGCCUCCCAAAGUGCUAGUCAUCUACUCCCAGGACCACUACCUCUACAGAGACGUGGUGCUGAAGCUCUGCGCCUUCCUCCGGGCCAAGUGUGGCACCAAGGUGCUGGUGGACCUGUUAGACUCCACCUCGGUCGGCAUGAUGGGCCGCCUUCGCUCUGAGUGGCAGCGACAACAGCUUCAAAAUCCUUCUGAUAAAAUCCUGGUGCUGUGCUCGCAGGGUGUCCAGGCAAAGUGGAGGGCCAUGUGUGGCCAAGGGCGGGUGACGCUGAGGGAAGACCUUCUUUCUCCAACGGAUGACAUGCUCACUCCCUUUCUCAACCUCUUCCUACCUGACAUGCACCAGGCAGGCAUGCUGGGUAAGUACAUGGUGGCUUACUUUGAUGACAUCAGCGGUAAAGAAGACGUGCCUUCAGUCUUUGACAUCACGGUCAAAUACAAGCUGAUGAAGCAUUUCGAAGAGCUGUACUUCCGCAUCCUGGACAUUGAGAAGUAUCAGCCGGGUCAGGUCAACCACAUCCUAGGCAUUGGUGGGGACGAAUAUUUCCAGUGUCCCUCAGGUAGAGCCCUGAGGGAUGCCAUUGAGACCUUCCAGGCCUACCAGCUGGAACAUCCUGAUUGGUUUGAGAAGGAGUGUGUGGUCGAUACGGAGGAGGUCCUGACCGAGGCUAACCUGCUCAUUGAGCAGCUGCACAUCCCUCCAGUCCUCCAGUGUCUUCCCCUAAUCAGAGAUGGGCCUCCUGUCUACAUCCGUGAGGUUGAAGUCAAUGAAAAUGGCGACAGUGUUCAUGUCCUUACACCUGAAGUGAACCCGGAGCACGAGCGGCCUUCAAUGAUAGAGCUUACAUCAGUGGUGAACCCUCAGUAUCUGUCCAGCCUGGAACAGGUGUUGAGCGAUCAUAUGUACCCUCACUGCCCCCGGCCCCCAUCUGUCUACGUAGUGGAGCCUGUUUUGAAAAACCUGCGACCACCAACACAGAACUGCUUCUCCCUCGAGGAGGGUCAAAGCCCCACUGAGGAUGAGGAACAGGACUCGCUGCUACCUUUGAGCCAACCCUCCGCUCAUUCGGACCAGAGAAGCUCGGCCCUACACAACUCCAUGGACUCAAAACCUCCAGAAUCCUCAUGCGCCAUGCAAAAUGGCCCCAAAAUGGCCCCCUCACAGCCUGUGGAGAUGGAGGAGGACGAGGUUCUGGAGCCCGGUGGAAAGGGCCCAAGCAGUGGCUCUGAUCAGGGCUACAUCUCCAAAAUGUCCUCCCAGCAUGAACUCCCUUUCAAAGAGGAUCCGCUCGAGGCUCUGAGAAGACUGCAGGAAGAGCUGUUUCAGAACAAUCUCGAAUAAUCUGAAAUAUGAGUCUCUCCCCCCCUCCCCACCCCCGAAAUAAGUACUAAACGUGCACUGACGUGACUGCUGUGGGGUAACGAUAAGCAUCUGACUGUAGAGCCCCAAACACAGAGGUAUUUCUGUGUAACGCUCAUAUGUUACAUAUCCAAUGAUUAAAUUCAGUUUUAUUUAUAGUAUCAAAUCAUAAUGUGAAAUAAUCAUGUUUGUUGAUGAUAUUCUGAAUAUAAUAACCAAUUUGUUACUAAUGUCGUUUGAUCAAAACUCAUGAAGACAAAUCAACAGGACCAUGCCGUCAUAGAACAAAGAAGUGACAAUGUACGUAUGUGUAGAGUCAGUUUUUUCAGCUCAGUGAAUUUAUGGUGUUCAGCCAAAAAGGGUUUGGAUUCAUGUUGCACCUGGGUUUGAGAUUUGGACCCGAAAGUGAUUGACGUAUUUUCAGAGAGGUGUUGUGCUUGGAGAAGAAAUGGAUGGAAUCAGUUGCUCCAGCAUCCAUUGGAGGAACUGCAGUCAGGCUUGUGCUUCUGGCAUUGGGCUCUUCACUCAGGCAACUAGGCCAAGCAGAACUGCUCAGGGGGCCUUUAGGCUCCAGGUCCACAUUUUGGCAAUAACUAAAACACAUUCUGAAAUGAUAAGAGUUAAGUCUCUUAUCAAGUUAGUAACUUUCCUAAAAACAACCUUUUGUCAUAUUUGCUCGAACUGACAGUGGUACAAUUCUGUUUCUCUGCGUCAUUCCAGUGCUCCUAAUUGCAUCAGGAAAACAACCAAUCAGGGCCGAGGAGUCUUGGAGAUGAGUUGGUCCGGCCGGUUGGCCGUCGGGUGCUGCUUGGUUUUGACUUGACUUGGUCGCAAACAUUCUCAUUUCACAGCUAAGCAAAACACUGAAAUCUGUUCCUGAAAACGUGAGGAGAGAAAUAGGUGAUGCAGUACCAGAAUCCUAUUUGAUCAGCGCUGCCUACUUUGGCAGUUUGACCGCAGCUCACGAGUAGUUACUGACAUUGUGAGACAGAGUCCUCAACUCUGAUUGGUUGUUCAUCUUUCAACGCUUUGGAAGCUUCCAGAUAAUUUAGGAGCCCAAGAGGAUCAGAGGAAUCCGUCUCAUGUCCUAUUGUCAGGAUGUAUAAAUGUCACCUACUGAAUCCUGAGGCCCUUCUUGUAGAGGGGCCCUGAUCAAAUUUACCCAAGGUCUCGUUUAAAGGCUAAAUUUCAGUUUAUAUUGUGCUUACAUGCCAGUGUUUCCCCCCAGAAAGGUGUUUUAGCCCGGUGGCAAGUGUCCUGGCUAGGGCCAGUCCCAGACUGAUUCAUGUAGAGCCCAAUAGUUUCUGUGACAACAGGAUCAUGGACAGAAACGCAAAUUUGAGAAUUUAAAACAGCUACGAGACAGAUUCCACAGGGCCCCACAUCAAGUCAGUCAAAAAUGUCCAUGUCUAAGUUUCCAACCGAGCCGCCCCACUCUAACUGCAGUUUAAAAACGUUGAAGAAACCCUGCUAUCGUACACUUUUCUUUAUCAAGUCAACUACUACUAACUAAUACAUGGGAGCAAAUGGGGCCCGCUACUGGCUUCAUUUGGCCCUGGGGGGUUGUUAGGAGCAUGUGUGCAGAAAUGAAGAUAAGAUGUAUGAUUGUUGAACAUUGUUUUAUGAUAUAAAAGCUAGAAAGAAGCCCUUACCAGGGUUCAACAUUAAGGGAAAAACAUUCUACUUGCCCAAAGUCAGUUUUAACUGGCCCCUAUAAAACGUCAAAAGAAAA